AUGUGGGGUUAUGUGACCAGUACCAAAGUUAAACCUACUGAUGAAAAGGAUAAAGAUUAUGUAUCAUCUAUUCAUAUUUGGGAGACUUAUAACUCUAAGAUCAUUACUUGGAUUAACAACUCUAUUACACAAUCCAUUGGUACUCAACUGGCUAAGUAUGAUACGGCUAAAGAAGUCUGGGAUCAUUUGGAUAAACUUUACACUCAAUCGAAUUUUGCUAAACAAUACCAGUUGGAAACAGGCAUCCGAGCCCUCCAACAGAAUGAUAUGAGUGUUCAAGACUUCUAUUCUGCUAUGUUUGACCUAUGGGAUCAGUUGGCACUUACUGAAUCUGCAGAGUUGGAGUCUUUCAAACCGUAUAUUGCUAGGAGGGAAGAACAACGUUUGGUACGGUUCUUAAUGGAUUUAUUAUAUGGUUUUGGAGGAUUAUGUGGGACAAUCCUUCAUCGUACUUCUCUUCCUUCCGUUGAUUCGGUUGUCCAUGAAUUGAUUGUAGAAGAGACUCGUCUUUAA